GUGUAAUACCUGUUGGUAUCCCUAAAGGUGUAAUACCUGUUGGUAUCCCUAAAGGUGUAAUACCUGUUGGUAUCCCUAAAGGUGUAAUACCUGUUGGUAUCCCUAAAGGUGUAAUACCUGUUGGUAUCCCUAAAGGUGUAAUACCUGUUGGUAUCCCUAAAGGUGUAAUACCUGUUGGUAUCCCUAAAGGUGUAAUACCUGUUGGUAUCCCUAAAGGUGUAAUACCUGUUGGUAUCCCUAAAGGUGUAAUACCUGUUGGUAUCCCUAAAGGUGUAAUACCUGUUGGUAUCCCUAAAGGUGUAAUACCUGUUGGUAUCCCUAAAGGUGUAAUACCAGUUGGUAUCCCUAAAGGUGUAAUACCUGUUGGUAUCCCUAAAGGUGUAAUACCUGUUGGUAUCCCUAAAGGUGUAAUACCUGUUGGUAUCCCUAAAGGUGUAAUACCA